UGAUCACGUGGUCCUGACAGCGACUCUUUGUGCGCACGAGUCCGUGUUGGUUCUGUGUGGUACCAGACGGUCAUUGUCGUCAGGGACAAAGAGGACCGCGGUGCCAGUCACGGGGCCACAGUGACGUCAGCGAUGUGAGGCUGAGUGGCCUCUGAACUCAUGACCUGCGGGUCAGUGGACGCGCUGCAGACGGCAAGGACAUGCUGAAGACUGAGCGAGCAGACCAGAGCCGGGAGUUGGACUUGGCCUCCAUGAGAUCCACCAUGCCUGCCGGAGGGCCCCUGCAGGCAGGGGCCGAGCUGAACAUGAACCUGUACGCCACCAAGAAGACGGCGGCGGAGGGGAUGUUGGACUUGGCUCUGUUCCUGGCCAACGUCACGCACAUGAAGACGGUCAUCGAGCAGGGAGCGGGCUACAGGUACUACGCCGCCGUCCUGACUCUCAUCUCCUUCUCACUGGUUCUUCAGAUUAUCGCCGGCGUCCUGAUCGUCAUCAUCGCUCGCCUGGAGUCCUCCGGCCUCUCUUCUCACCGCCGCCUGCUUAACUUCCUCAACACAUCCGUCACCGCCAUCAUCUUCCUCACCUUAACCACCAACAUCAUCAAGUCCUCUCUGGGGACUCAGCGCAGCUGCCUGUUGCGCUGGCUCUUCCAGCGCUUCCUCCUGUGACGGACCAACAGCGAGGCACGCGGGGAGCUGCAGGUGGCCGGAUGCUCCUCCCACUCCUGCAGCGGAGCCAGGCCGAUCAGCCGACGGUCAUCCUCUUCCUCAUCCUCACUCCUUCCCUGUGUGUGCGCGUGCGUGUGUGUGUGUAGCCCGCAGGGACCUGAACGUCCCGUCAAACCAGAAGAGACUUGACUACUUGAACAACCUGGCGACGGGAAUCAUCUUCGUCACCACCGUCACCAACUUCUUCAUCAGUUUCUUCGGAAACAAGAGGACCGGCUUCUUCCGCUGGCUGCUGGCC